AUGACUUACGAUCUGCGGAGGGAACUCCUUGACGAUGCCGACCCACAUUUCAGAACGCGCAUUCACGACUCUACAAUCGAGGUAUUUUUUAGUAGAUCAGCCAUCCGAUGUUAAAUAACUCUGUGUUAAUGGACUUCAUUUACUUUAUUCCUAGUCUUUGCAUGAGCACCUUCGUAUGGUGACGAAAGUUUUGGGUAAUCCACCCCAAUUGCAAUUGAUCGCUUUUCGUAUUUGGCCUUUUACUUGAUUGAUUACUAAGCCUUAGAUGAUAGCCCCCGUUCAUCACCGAAUUCUUCUGCGCAUUUUGUGGUUCCAUGCACAACUAAACAAUUCGUUAUUACCUCCUCCAUGCUCGACUAGUUUAAUUGUCUCUUGGGCCCUGAUAGAAUCAGAUAUGCAAUGCUUACGGGAAACACAAAAUGGCCAUAUAUAUGUCCGUUUGCAUCCCGUUUGAUUUUCCUUAAAAUACGCUCCUGUUGGUGACAAGGGCCAAAACCACCUGGUGUGCCCUCUUGCCUGCAAAUUCUCCCAUGAUAUGGUCUUCUCAGAAUCAUCUUACCGAGAAAUUUUCGUCGUUUUUAGCACACGACCACAUUGACCAUAGAUUCGUUUUCACACAUGUAAACACAAAUACGCACAGUCACACCCGUUUGCGUGUGCACAAAAGAAGCAUGACACCCGAAAAGGCACAUCCUCAAUCUUCAGCUGCACUGCCCGGGAAAUUCAUGUUAUCACAAAUAUAGGUAAAUAGCCCGUUCAAUGAAAUACACACUAAAGAACAACCUUUCCAGGCUUAAUUUUCUCACGGUUCCCGUUUUUUGUCACUCGACAGAAUUUGCAAGUCUGACGAACGCUCACCAGUACUAUGCCAUCCCUCCCAGGGGACUUUCAUGAAGGCAUACCUGUCUUUACUUGUGAUUUUUAUCGUUGCCGAUUUUGCCGGCUCUACGCUGCGAGUUCCCCACAUAAUUACCGGUCAUCUUACACUGAAGUCAGUUAAAACAGACUUCUAAACAAUACAGAACUACCUGGCACUUUGGCCACCCAAGUUGAAAACCCCGGGUCAGCUUUUUCGAAGUCCAGCCCGAUAUUCAACGCGCUAGUCGAACGUUCGCUGAAUUUCGCCUCCAGGUCGGCACACUACCUAACCCAGCCCUCAUGUUUGCUGCGUAGGAAGACUAGUCUACGGGUUGUAUCCUUGGUCGACAAUAUAGCACUUAGAUGUUCUUGCAUCGGUUCCCCCAACAUAUGGCUCAACCGGCCCCAGAGUCCACGGUCUUGCGGCCUCUACCCUAUAGUUCUCGCCCAAAGUCUUCCGAAAUCAUUAUCUAUUUAGCUUUCUACUUCCGAAAACCAGGGAAUUCCGGACUCGAAGUCCCCUUCAGUUCUAUUUAAACAACAUUCAUUGUUUUUUCCCUUUUUCCACUACUAUAGUUGUCCCAAUCAAAGAGGUUCUGGGUGAUAGCACCAUGGAAGAAUUGCCCUCGAGUUAGGUAAUCGCCUCACCAUUCGAUCUGGAUGGUGAACUGUGGCUAGCUCGACAGCAGGCGUCCCGAACUAACGCUCUGGUUCCUGGCUGGGGUCAAAUCCCAUCAGCCAAGGUCGCAGCAUUCUCUGGAGGUUCCCGUUAUGCGAUCAUUUGAUCUGCACGUUUGUGGUUCGGGGGUGCCACGUUUUGAACCCAUGGGGGCGACUUUGACCAGUCUUUUUGAACUUGAGCUUGGCUGCGUCCACUUCUAUGGAGGGAAGAAAUUCCGGUGUGCAUGGUAUUUUCGCCAUUCGACUUCCUCCUGCCAAUGUCUCGUCGUUGACACGAAUGAAGUAUGGUAGACAAAAUAGUCGACCGGUUCCAGCCUUUUGCCGUAAGUUAAGGGAGGUCUUUCUUGUUGCACUACUGUGGUAGAAUUACCAGGAGAUGGCCAUCUGGUCACGAGAUUACAACCUCUCGAAGGAGUUUCCCGAAAUGACCUUUCUGUCCAUUUACCGCCCGAGGGGAAGUUGGUCGUAUUUAGACAAAUUUAUAGUCUUGGGAAGAAACAUAUCCACGACGUUUUUGAAGAGGACUGGCAAGACGCCGUAGCUCUCUUGGACUAGCCUUUACAGACAAGUACAGAUUAUUUUCGCCAUAUGCUCGAGAGGACUUACGAUGUUUUAAUCAGGUUCGGGAGUUCUGGGACACACCAUCAGCCUCAGUAGCCUCCCAGGGAGCGCUUCUAUCGACUGGAUCAGACGCGACAAUGAAAUCCAGCGUAAAAAUAUCUUUUGUUAAAAAGCAAGUUUUUACAGGGUCCAUAACAGGGCGAAAGUUUAACAAACUCACACCUUACGACAAAAACCUUUCUGGAAAUUCUUGCUCAUGUAUCCCUGGAGUUACAGAAAUCGGUCAGGUGAGCAGUAGCAAGUUUCUUUGGUGAUGUCGACUUGAGUAGUGCCUAUGAUAGCGUCGUUCCAAUUUUGCUAUCCUUUUAAAGAAGCGGGACAGAACGUCAUUGUUCAAUUCCUGGCGCGACAACUCGGGUUCGCAUAUAUUCGCUUGUUACUCAAAUCUUUUUGAUUUCGAUCGGUUUUUCUUCAGUGGACACCUGCUUAAAUUUUGGCGGUUGAGGAUACCGCACCGUCAUAAGUCACUUUUCUAAGCAGCUGAAGUAGAGGUCUCUGCGCAUCUGAGAAUGACGAGUUAAACAACUGGGUUUACCGCCCUUUCCAACCCGGUAGUUAGUCACUCAGUAAGGCAAAAUGAGAAACGUGUUUCCGUCGUAUCCACCCGGCUGAUUUUCGAACUGUCCUUCAACAAAUUCUGUCUCCCCUUCUGAUCGUAUUAUCUGACACCUUACUUUGAGAUCUCCGAGGUUUCGGGCGUUGAACGCAUUAUUCCCCAAGUUAAUGGUUUUCGCUUUUCAUCAAAGCACUUCAGCAUGCUUGCUCGACAUUUAACCCUGGGGUUGUUGUCAGGCAGGGAUCGAUGUCCAGCCACAUUUAACGGCACUACUGCUACCCGAUCCCUGACUGCUUAGUCGCGAGGCUCGAAUACCAGGCCUUUACUGAGGGCCUUAUCCCUGUUCGCUGUCUGUGAACGCACCGUCCAACCUAGGUUGGUCCUGUAUUUGCUGGAUCCCUUCUCCCAGACCUAUUGGCGUGCUAACCCUUAGUCCUGGAUCUUGCUGUUUCGUCACCACUGGGAGCCGUUAUAUUCUAGGAUACCCAGAGUUAGUCAUCCACUGACUCUUGCCACUCCAUGAUAUUUCUUUUAAUCUGCUUGGGGUUUUUGCUAGCUCGUUCGCUUUCUGCCCUUCUCGGAUAACCGUCUAUAUUUCAACUUAAUUUCUUAUAAAUAGCAUCGAUACGCACGACAGCGACAAAAUACCAACAGUACCGUCUGAUUUCUGUUUAUUAAUGCUUUUUUGUUGAGAUUAUUGACAGUUAACUCCAUGGUAGGUUGUACAGUUGUGACCUUCUUUCCGCAUGUCAACUACUGAAACUGAAGUUAGUCGGAGCUACCUCAGAACAUUGUGAUCUGACAUCAUAGAUGAGCGAGUUGGCUCAUUAUAAGUCUUCCUUAUCAGGUAAAUGCGGUUGCCAUUGAGACAAGCAGUUUUUUUUACGAAUUUUCACAGAAUACCACUCCUGUAAAUUGAAGUGAUUUUGCCCACAAAACCUGCCUUUCCUCCUGUAUACCUUGAUUGAUUUCAUCUUUAACGAACUGAAUCUGCGAAGUGGCCCAUCGCAUCCUGAGUGCCUUCACCCUCUUUGCUUUCCUUGCCUAGGCCAAAGAGAUCCUCAAGAAGUCUCCUGACUUCUCGCCAUCGGAUCGUGUGACCGUACCCAAGCAGACCGACAUCACACCCAUUAGCGGGAUUCCCGAUGAGCAGAUCCAGUCGCGCGUGGCUCGUAUCUACAUGCCCACACGCCCGGCCACUCAGUCGGGCACUUUCGGUACACGUAUGUGGCGUAUAGAUUUCGACAACCAGGAACGCUGGGAGAACCCCCUCAUGGGAUGGGCCAGCACCGGUGACCCACUUUCCAAUGUCUCCAUGAAGUUCCCCACGGCGGAGGCAGCUGUUGAGUACUGCAAUUCGCAGGGCUGGAAGUUCUUCGUCGAAGAGCCCAAAAAGACUCACAUUGUGCCAAAGAGUUAUGCCAACAAUUUCUCAUGGGACAAACGUACCCGUAGAGCCACAAAAUAA